UUUUUUUUUUCCGCCGAAGCUGAGCGGGUGCUGCUAGCGGAGGCGCCAUAUUGGAAGGGACAAACUCCGGCGACAGCGAGUGACACAAAUAAACCCCGGGACCCCCUCGUUCCCCCAGCUCUAAGGGCCGCGAUGUUGUACCUAGAGGACUAUCUGGAAAUGAUUGAGCAGCUUCCAAUGGACCUGCGGGACCGCUUCACAGAGAUGCGCGAGAUGGACCUGCAGGUGCAGAAUGCAAUGGAUCAACUAGAACAAAGAGUCAGUGAAUUCUUUAUGAAUGCAAAGAAAAAUAAACCGGAGUGGAGAGAAGAACAAAUGGCAUCCAUCAAAAAAGAUUACUAUAAAGCUUUGGAAGAUGCAGAUGAGAAGGUACAAUUGGCAAAUCAGAUAUAUGACUUGGUAGAUCGACACUUGAGAAAGCUGGAUCAGGAACUGGCUAAGUUUAAAAUGGAGCUGGAAGCUGAUAAUGCUGGAAUUACAGAAAUAUUAGAGAGGCGAUCUUUGGAAUUAGAUACUCCUUCACAGCCAGUGAACAAUCAUCAUGCUCAUUCACAUACUCCAGUGGAAAAAAGGAAAUAUAAUCCGACUUCUCACCAUGCAACAACAGAUCAUAUUCCUGAAAAGAAGUUUAAAUCUGAAGCUCUUCUAUCUACGCUUACAUCAGAUGCCUCUAAGGAAAAUACACUAGGGUGUCGAAACAAUAAUUCUACAGCCUCUUCCAACAAUGCUUACAAUGUGAAUUCCUCCCAACCUCUGGCAUCCUACAAUAUUGGCUCAUUAUCUUCAGGAACCGGUGCAGGGGCGAUUACCAUGGCUGCAGCUCAAGCAGUUCAAGCCACAGCUCAGAUGAAAGAGGGACGAAGAACAUCAAGUCUAAAAGCCAGUUAUGAAGCAUUUAAGAAUAAUGACUUUCAGCUGGGGAAAGAAUUUUCAAUGCCCAGAGAAACAGCUGGCUAUUCAUCAUCUUCAGCACUCAUGACUACAUUAACACAGAACACCAGUUCAUCGGCAGCUGACUCACGGAGUGGGAGAAAGAGCAAAAACAACAACAAAUCUUCAAGUCAGCAGUCCUCGUCUUCCUCCUCCUCCUCUUCCUUGUCGUCAUGUUCUUCUUCAUCAACCGUUGUACAAGAAAUCUCUCAACAAACAACGGUAGUACCAGAGUCUGAUUCAAACAGUCAAGUUGAUUGGACUUAUGACCCAAAUGAACCACGAUAUUGCAUUUGCAAUCAGGUAUCCUAUGGCGAGAUGGUGGGCUGUGAUAACCAAGAUUGCCCAAUAGAAUGGUUCCAUUAUGGAUGUGUUGGGUUGACAGAAGCACCAAAAGGAAAAUGGUACUGUCCACAGUGCACUGCUGCAAUGAAGAGAAGAGGCAGUCGGCACAAAUAAAGGUGGUCGUUCGUUUCAUUUGAGGAAGAAAAAACUUCAACUAAACAUUUUAUAUAGGACUU